UUGGCGCGAGGGCAUGGCGGAAUUCGCUAAAGUCGCCAAUCGAUCUGUGAAGCGCCAGAAGAGAAGUGCAGACGAUGCUUGCAGCAAUUCAAAAAGACUUAGGCAGGCUACUGAUUCUCUUACAAACGGAUCGCCAGCAGUUCUAGAAGAUGACCAAAACGACUCAUUUUCUCAAUUUUCUCUCACACAAAACGGAGAUACGGGCCACACUGACCAACCAGAGAAUGGGAUUGUUGAGUCAUUGGAAUUGAGAAACUUCAUGUGCCAUCAGAAUCUAAAAAUUAACUUUGGAGAAAAAAUCAACUUUGUGAUUGGAAAGAAUGGAAGCGGGAAGAGUGCAAUCAUGACUGGAAUUGUAGUAGGACUGGGCGGCAAUGCCGCUCACACAAACAGAGCGCUCUCUUUGAAAGGACUCAUUAUGCAAGGAUGCCCAUCAGCAACUGUCAUUGUCAGUCUUUGUAAUCGUGGAAGUGACUCAUUUCAGAACGAGAAGUAUGGUGACAGUGUGAUAGUUGAGAGAAAGAUAGCCGCUGAUGGAGGAGGAGGCCAUUACAAACUGAGAUCACAAGAUGGGAAAGUUGUGUCUACAAAGAAAGAAGACCUGCAGCAAGUUUUGGAUCAUUUCAACAUUCAAGUGAACAAUCCUGUCUCCUUGCUUAAUCAAGAUACAAGCAGAAACUUUCUUCACUCGUCUAAGCCAGCACACAAAUACGAGUUAUUUAUGAAAGCCACACAGCUGGAACAGUUGACUGUUGACUACCAACAGAUCUUGGAACAGAAAGAUGUCAUGAGUAAGAGUCUUGAGAUGAAGAAGAAAGGACUUCCAGAACUAGAGCGAGAAGUCAUGCAGUGGGAGGAGAAGUUUAAGAAUUUGACACAACUCGAUCAACUAAGUGAAACAAAACAUAAGGUGGAGGAGGAGUUAGCUUGGGCUCAAGUGAUCGGUUUGGAGAAAGAGAGAGAUCGUAUAGCACAUGAAAUCGAGAAGAAGGAGCGGAGCACACCAAAGUAUUCAGACAAAGUUGAACAAUGCAAGGCUGAAGCGGUGAAGCGUGAAACAGCAAUGUCUGAAGUCGAAGAGAAAUUGAAGACACUCACUCAUGCAGCAGAGGACUUUCAAAAGAGACAGAAAUCGAAGAAAGAAGAUUUAUCAAAGAAAAAAGCUGCAUGUGGCAAGGCCAAGCGUGAUUUGGACAUGAUUUCUCAUGAACAACGUGGAGAAGAACGAACUCGGAAUGAACUACAAGAGCAAUUAGAAAAACUGAUGACGACAUCAAGGCAGUCAACCGAGAAAAAACGACUGAGGCAGAUAGCACGGAAGCAAGAGUUGCAAGACAAAGUGAGGGAAUUGCAAGGUGAGAUGGGUGAAGACCAAAGGUCGAAAACCAAUCUGGAGGGUACAAUUCACCAGAAACAAGAACAAUCUUAUGGAAUGCGAAACAAAGAGUCGGACACCAGAAAGCAGCUUGACCAUCAGCAACGUGAGCUGUCUGGUUUGGAACGAAAUCGCGGCAACAAGUUACAAGUAUAUGGAGAUUGGAUGCCUCAUUUGGUUACCGCAAUCGACAACGAAACGAGUUUUCAUAAUAAGCCACGUGGUCCAAUUGGUCGAUACAUCACAUUGAAAGAAGAAAAGUGGGCACUUGCUGUAGAAGCUGUGUUAGGGAAAGAGCUUCUCUCAUCAUUUUGCUGUCACGAUCAACACGAUCUGCAGCUUCUCAGACGUUUGAUGGGCAGACAUUGUCCAGGAGAUAAACAACCAUCUGUUAUUAAACAGACUUUUAGGGAUCGACCGUAUGACACUGCAAGAGCUCGUCCGAGAAGCAAGCAGCUUACGUUUUUUGACAUUGUGAAGUGCACAGAUCCUGUGGUGUUUAACGUUCUAAUUGAUCAGCGACGUGUGGAGAGUAUUCUUAUGAUAGAAAGAGUUGAUGUUGCGAAGAGAGUAAUGCACAUCAACACUCCAGCUGGUGCUAAAGAGGCAUUUACUCAACAAGGAGACCACUUGUUUGGAGGCACAGCCAAUCGUUUUUAUUCAUGCGGAAAGAGCAGACCUCACUUUGUUCAGCAGAGUGUGGAAGGAAGGAUCGCUGAGCUGAAAGAGCAAUUGGAUCAGUCACAACAAACUCUCCAGAAACUACAGCAAGAAAGAAGAAGAGUCGAAAACGAGAAAGAUAUGUCUGCUAGAGAGUUGGAUCAAGUCAAAGUGAAGCUGCAUCGCAAAGAACACGAGCUCAGUCAACUAAGAAGGGAACUUCAAGAGCUUGAUCUUUUGGACGAUGAUGCAAAUCCUGUUGAUGUUACUGCUUUGCAAGAGGAAUUAGAAGAACACAAUAACAAAAUCAGCAUGCUAAGUCAACAGAGCCAAACUCUUACGGAAGAAUAUGAAGAGAUGAACUAUCAAUACAGGGAACAGAAAAAGGAGGUCAAUGGAGAAAUUGAAAAAGUGCAAGGAACUAUCAGUGAAAUGGAUGAAGUGAAGAGCCAGAUUGAAGCAUUGGCUAGAGCUGUCUCUGAAGCUAAGGGACAUCAACGCCAUUAUGAAGGAAAGCUUCAACAGCUGAUGACAGAUAUUGCUUCAAAACAGAGCGAUCUUGAUGGAAUGCGAAGAAAAGUUUUAGAAAGCACAGAGACAGCCAUAAAAAUCUGUGAAAGAGUCGAAACAAGGGCAACAGUGAAAGAUCUAGAAAUUCAAUUGAAUAGAAUUGAGAAAGUGAUUGCUGAAGAAGAGAAAAGACAAGGUAGUCGUGAGACCAUUAUUAUGACAUACCAUGAACUGAAGACUCGUUAUGAAGAGACAACAAGAGUGACAAGAAGUCUUGAACUUUGUCUUAAGCGACUUAAAGAGAUGAUGGAUCAACGUGUCAAGCGACUAAAGUAUUAUCGUGUGAGUUUGGCUGUGAGACUGAAAAUUAGGUUUCAGAUGCUCAUGAGCCAACGAGGUUACGAUGGUAAGAUGAUAUUUGAUCACAAUGCAAAGCAGCUGAAACUCGAAGUGAAAGUGGAAGAAAGUGAUACAAGCUUGAUGGUGAAAGACAUGAAGUCAUUGUCAGGUGGAGAGAGAUCUUUCACUACAGUCUGCUUUAUUCUGACUCUUUGGGAUGCUGUUGAGAGUCCAUUUCGAAUGUUGGAUGAGUUUGAUGUUUUUAUGGACAUGGUCAAUAGGAGAGUUAGCAUGGCGAUGUUGCUGAAAGCGGCAAGAGAGAAGAACAACAAGCAGUUUGUCUUCCUGACUCCUCAAGACUUGAGUGCUCACAUUGGAGCUCCUGAUGUUCGAACUCAUCGCCUUCAUGAUCCUGACAGAAAUCAAGCAACACUGAACUUUGGUCGUUCAGGAAGCAGUCGGGAUGGGUGAAUAUGAGGUGGGCAAGGUUAGACUAAGCAGAGAACAAUUAAACUAAACACAGCUUUGUUUGACGUGUUAUUAGUUCUUUUUCUUUAGUUUUUUAAAGCAGACUUGUCUUAGUGUUAAAACAUCUUAUUUGAAUUUUAGUAAUUGCCAUUUGGUUGAGAGUCGUAAUCUCCGGAGUCUGCAACCUUGUUCAUUUCUUCUCUGUAGAGGCACAUAGAAAUUAUUAAAUGAAAUCCUUCACUGAA